UUCUAAAGAAGAGACCAUUGAUCAGAGGGGCCACUACAGCAUAGCUAAAUUACAGCCCAACAGUCCAGGUAUCCAGGUAUCUAGGUUAAAUCUGCACCAGAAUAAUUCUCUAAGACUCAACAACAUGGAGGAUUCUGAGACUCAGGGACCAGAGCUGGCAAAACUCAUUUUGCAGCGACAACAGCGACCGUCCUACGCUCGCAUGAUCUCUUGGGAAAUGAGCCAUGCUUCCUUACAGCCAUCAGCAAAGAAAUGUAGACUUAGGAAGAAAAAGAAUGCAGAAGUGGCUACUGAGAUUUUGGGCAACGAUAAUAACACUGAUUUUGCUAAUGCUGAUGCAGCUUAUGCUCUAGACUUAAGUGAAGACAGUGGUAGCAUUGGAGACAGCAGCAGUCAAGACAGUAGUGAAUAUGACACUGCAAAUGAAGAUGUUGUCGAAGAAAAUGCCCAAGCAGAUGUGAAGGAUGCUUUUUCAGUUGACCAAGGUGAACAGGGAGGCAUUGAAGAGCUAUUGUGUGGUACUCAAAAACUGAAUUUUGAAACUACAAACAUUCCAUCAGGCCGUAGAAGAAGAUUAUCAAAGAAACAAAAGAGAAAAAGGAAAUCACACUUUCGGACCACCUACCUAGAAGAGCUGUAUAAUUUGGGGAACUUAUUUGACCCAAGCGAUGAAAUAGACUCUGUGUUUAAUACUGCAUCAGAGAUUGGCGGAGAAACAGAUGUGGUAAGAGUGGUGCCAUCAUUAGUUGAGCUCUGUCUGGUCGCAUCUACCAAGAAGACCAGGAGUGGGUCUGAAAAGGAACAGCCAUGUAUUGGGCAACUGCCUCGGCAGCUAAAGAAGCAAGUUAUCAGUAGAGCCGUGGAACGAAAAGAGCAGCGGCAAUUGCUUUCGUACAUCCAGAAUUAUAUACUUCCAAACACUAUGAGGCCAAAUAAUGAAAAUAAAAUGGUUGUAAAAGAAAAGUUUCUUAGCACAUAUACAUCUGAAAAUGUGGUGCCAAUUUUUAAAAGAUCAGUGUUCGAUAUGGUCGGAUUGACAGAAACAACAUUGACAAGAAAAUGUUGCACAAUAAAUGCUGGGUCUGGUACUAAUUACCUUUAUUCUGUAGAUGUGCAGCCGUAUGAUAUUUUGGGCCAGUGCUACCAAUGCGAUAUGGAUUACACGGAUGGUUCUCCAGCGUAUGCAACUUUAACAUCAGUGUUUGGGACGAUGCUGGACCUGAUGUUACCAGCACAGCUUCUGAGCCAUCCUGACUCCAACUGGAAAUCCGAUGCCAGAUUUGCAACUGCCAUGGUUCGUCUCAAACGGGCGCUUUCUUCUAGAUAUCAGCCACUGGUGGACCUAUUAUUUGAUCAUGCACUGGCCUAUGUGAUGUGGGCUAGAGGUCAUGUUGCUAUAGCAACUAGUCUCUUCAAAGGGCUUAUAGAGAAACAAACAUCUGCGCUACAAAAAGCCAUGUACCUGAGUGAGAUAGCGUUAAUGCAUGCCAUGUUUGGAGACCCUCUGACUGCUGUGCAGUUUUACCGCACGGCAGGGGAAACCGUACUUCUGGAAUAUCAGAAAGAACAAGCUGUGAAAGAGGUCUCAGAACAGACCCAGAUCCUUCUUGCAAGUGUAUAUGACAGAGGAUUACUGACCCAUGAAAAGUGUGAGAUGUCGUGUAGUUACUGGGCAGCCGCCCGACACCUGCCCAAUGCUAGGAAGGACACCAUCAUAGCCAGCUUUGAUUCAUUCCUGACUUUUACUGCUGCACAUAUCAAUGCCACCUGCUGUUGGCAGGAAGGCAUAAAGAAGAUGAAUUCUCUUGUAAAGGACUGCCCCUAUCUGUACUACUACCAGAGUAUGUUGCACGCACUGAUGGGAAACGAGGAAAAAUCUUACAGUGCGUUCAAGUCGCUAAAGCACAUGUCUUUAGUUGUCCCUGGCAUAGAGAUUGUAAGCAUUAUUGGAAAGAAAUGUAAGACGCCAUGGCAGCCUGUUAUUGAGGUCAUGAAAGGUCAACCAGUUUCACCUCUCAAAGUAGCAUGGAGGGCACAGCUACAACACACAGUCCUCAAACGACAUUGUCAUAUGGAAGCUCAGGUGAUAAGCAAGAGUCUGAAUCUGAGGGUGAACGACCGAGGACAGAUUUGUGGAGAUCUUCAGAUGUUAUUGCCACCAAUGAGAGACAUUGCAUUUGAUCCUUACACAGGGAGCUUGCAGCUGAAUUCAGUACCUGCAGUGACAGAGCCCUGGUUGGCCUCGUUCUAUGAUUUCAGGGAAAAAGUUGAAUAUGCACACAACGCUGUGCCAACAAAAUCACAGCUGUUCUCUGGGGAAAAUGGUACAACUGUACAGCUUCUGUCACUGUCAACAAAUGACGCUCGUCUGACAGACGAAUGCAUAAAACCUGUGUUGAUGCUUUACUGGGUGGAUUCACAGGGGAGACACGCAAAGAUUGAUCUUUGUGCAAAGAUCAAGAAUAUCAUGAAACAGGAUGUAACAAACACCAUGCAGGAUGAUAUUAAAAAUGGAAAGCAACCUUGUGGCAGGUGGGAUGAAGAGGAUAUAGCUUUGACAUUUAAAUUAAUAGACCUUGCUUACAAACGGGACCUUGCUCUUACUGAAGAGCUUAUACAGUCUGGCGUGCGGAAAUUUAAUGAAGCAAAGAAAAAAAUGAUGAACUCCAAAAAGUCUGCAAAGACUACAAGGAGAUUCAAAGCUCAGAUGGAGGAAAAGAACUUACUGCCCAUGGGGCCUCAAAUGCACAUGAAAUUGCAUAGCGAGCCUAUUCAGUGCGGUGAGACGAUCAUCAUGCAUGUUGGAGCGUCAAGCGGUGAUGUUGAAUUCCUGGUGGCAGUGGACACAAGUUGCAAAGAGGCAUUCUUGAAUGUUGAAAUCAAAAAAGUGAAAAACAUCAGUAAAGUCCAGAAGGCGAAAGAGUUCUUUAUUGCACGCCAAAGUGAAGCCCUGAGUGUGUACCGAUAUCCCCUCGAUCUUGUGAUGCGAAUUAAGAUGCCUAGUGCUAGAGAUCAAAUAGUGACAACGGGCAUAGUUGGGUCAGAACUGUACUGCCAGAAUGAGUCAUUUACAGGAAUCUUGCGAGUGACUAUUUCUGAAACGGAAGAAAUAGGCAGUCUCACAGACGAUGAUAUGGCAUGGUCAUUGGCCACGUAUGUCAACGAACUCUGUAGCGUAUCAAUGCAACCCAACAUCAGAAGGCUAAACGUCCUGGGAGAAAGGACGGAGCUACUGCUGGUCACGAUGGAUCAGGGACUUGGAGUGAUGGUUCCUGGCUUGAUGGAGUUUCUAGACGUGAAUGUGGAUGAAAAAAUCGAUUUCCCACUCAAGCUGACCGGUGACAGAAAGGUAAUCCUUGGUAAUUUCUCGGCAAGCUGCCUUCUUUCGCUAGAAGAGACCGUUUUUGAGGACCUCGUUUCCAAUCGGGUGAUGUUGACUGCGCAGAACAAACUGCUGGUACUCAAUGUCGUGUCGGACGUCUUAAAGGCAACCCAUACACUGAGUGUCACGCACUGCUUUGUUCUUCCAGGAUUUGUGAAAGAGAUGUGCUGUGUUGGAAAAUACCACAUUCUGAUAAGCUGCAGUCAGGAGAAGAACGAAAAUGCUGAGUUUUACCGAGAGCACUUAUUCCUGUACGACUGGCAAGGGCGCCUGAAGGGGGCGUUACUGUGUCUGGAAAAGGGGCCGAGGUCUUUUCUGCCCAUGUACCUGCCGGGUACCGCUGGGGAGGGGCCAGAAUGCAAGCCCGGCUGGAGGGUAUACAUGAGAGAUGGCAGGGGAGGGGUUAUAUGUGUUCAGCCUGGUAUUUAGUGUCUGUGGUAUGGGCUGACUCAUCGUUAAACUGUUUGUUUGUUUAUGCAUGUUUUGAUUAUAUGUGUCCACUUUUACAAUUUAUGACUGUGAUAAAAGUUGACAUUUGUGUAUGUGUGUGUUUCUAUUAACGUAUUAUUUUGUUCAAUCAUAAUUUGAAAUGCCUUUUUAGGUCAGUCUUUUAGUACAAUAUUAUUUAUUUUCACUUCAUAAUAGCUACCAAAUAAAAUGGCUUGAUAUUUAAUGACUGUUUUACGAGCUGGCUUGUUGUUGAUGUAUUUUUGGCGUAGCUGUCUUAGAUUGGUUUGACAUAGAUUGCUUGCGAUACUUAUAAUCAGAGAGAACACUUUACUACCAAUGCAAUGGUUCAAAUCUUAAUGUUUUGGGGAAUACAGCCGUGUGAAUACACAAUUUUCAAUACCAAUGAUGCGUAUAUAAUACUUUUUAACAUACCUAGAUUUAAAUUCUUUACACAGGUAUAAAAUAGUGCUCGUAGAAG